AUGAAGAAGACAUUGCUUCUUUGUUUUAUUCAUGGUUUCAAGGGCGGCGAAGACACUUUCGGUGUCGACUACCAGUUUACCAAGGACCUGCGCGACUUGGUGAGGGAGGCUCUGCCAAAGGUCAAAGUUGAGUCGAUCGUUUAUCCCAGAUAUGAGACCCGUGGCGAUCUGGGCAGCUGCGUGAGCCGCUUUCGUGACUGGCUGCAGGACAAGGUCAUCGACAUGGAAGUUGCAGCUGGUACACCAUCGCCAACGAUAGAUCCUUCAGUGCGCACCAUUCUCGUCGGCCACUCCAUGGGCGGCAUCGUGGCGGCGGAGAUGCUUAUCGGCCUGGCCUCUGAGAAGCCCAUCUACACCGAAGACGGCAUUCAAAAAUCCGAGUCACCUAGUUUCAACUCGCUCAUGUUUCCCUACAUCCAGGGUGUUCUCGCCUUUGAUACUCCUUACCUGGGUAUUUCUCCUGGCGUGGUGGCACAUGGUGCUGAGGACCAGUAUCAAACCGCUUCGCAAGCUUUGGGCGCCAUCUCGCAGCUUAGCGGACUUGGUGCAUCACUCUGGGGUGCUAAACAAGCCGCAUCGCCCACAACAACCCCGGCUCUCCCAAAGACAGCUGGGGCUUUACCGGCUCCCUCAGCGUCUGGGGGCAGUCAGUGGCAAAAAUGGGGUAAAAUGGCCAUGUAUGCCGGCGCUGCUGGGGCUGUGGCUGCCGGAGGUGCAGCUGCGUGGUUGAACCGUGAUCAGCUGGGCGAGGGAUGGUCAUGGGCGUCUUCACAUCUGGAGUUCGUGGGAUGCCUUGCCAGGGGAGAAGAGCUUCGCAAACGUGUGUCGUGCCUCCUCCAGUUGCGGGAGGAGCUGGACGUAGGUUUUGCGAAUCUGUACACUCGUCUCGGAAAGGCGGCGCCAUCAAAAGAGAUCAACCUUGUUGGAACAGUUUUGGGCAAAGACCGGACUUUUUGCAAUCUUCCCAAAAAACAGCCUGGGGGAGUAUGGAAGGAAGCCAUCAAUGACAAGGCCAAAGACGAGGCCGGGGCACACAUGAAUAUGUUUACUCCAGCAGAGAACCCAGGAUAUAAUAAGUUGACCCAAGAUGCCACCCAACUCAUUCACGAUUGGUUGCAGAACAAUUGGUACCAGACAAGUGCCGAAGAACCACUGCUUCUGAAAGAGGCACCAAGACCUGAGGAAAGGCCUCUACAUGUGGAGACGCCUUUGCAUGAGAAUAGCCCUUGGACUGAGGACAAACCUGCUACUGAAGAUGCAGGCAUUCAAGAGAUUCUUUAA